AUGUAUUCUGUUAAGGAUGCAUAUAGGCAGAUUGUUGGAGAUUUUGUGCAUAAUCCUGCUACUUUUGAUAAAUGGAUUACAUUGUGGAAAUUGAAAGUUCCCGCCAAAUGGAAAACUUUCUUGUGGAGAGCUUUGUGUGAUAUUCUCCCUACCACAAACAACCUGAUUAUAAGAAGAGUGGAAGUGGAUCCAACAUGCCCUAUGUGUGAUAUAUCUCAUGAACAUGUUAUGCAUACACAUACUACUUGUGACUAUUCUAAAAUAGUAUGGAAUAUUUCGGGUUUGCCUGUUACAAAUAUUGUUGCUACUACUUUUCCAGAAUGGCUAAUGGGUGCGAUGAUCAACUUAACAGAGGAACAACUUGCCAUGAUGGUCGGGGUUCUUUACCACUUGUGGAAUGCCCGAAACGAUGCUGUAUGGAGACGAGCCCUGCCGCGACCACCCGCUACGUGGAGGCGAGCCGCGGCUGCCAAGGCUGCGUAUAACGAGGCGCACUGCCCUGGCGGAUCUCGCACCCCGCUGCUGGCUGCACCAUUGCCGCAAGGCCGCCCACGCUGCUUCUUCGAUGGAGGAUAUCGCCCGCACUCGGGCGAUGCAACUUAUGGUAUUGUACUGGUUCACCCGGAUGGCUCUUUCAAGGCGGAAACAAAUGGCAAACUACCGGGUUGUUUCUAUUAG